AUGCAGCAAGGUUUACAUCAUGCUUGGGAGUUGGGAUUUAGAAAUAUCAUUCUUAAAGUUGACUGGCUGGAACAGGAAGCCUUGCAUAUGGUUAGGGAGGCUAAUCCUUUAUUUCGUCCAUGCCAUGCUCUAGUUGCUGAUAUUUCUGAGCUGGUUAAGAGAAAAAACUUCAUCUUGCAAAAAUGCUCAUGUUCUCAGAGAGGGAAUAGCUGUGCUGACAUUAUGGCCAAGUUAGGUGCCAGUGGUUCUAAUGCAUUUGUUGAAUGGUCUGAUCCUCCUUGGCGAGUUCUGCAGGCAUUACAUGGUGAUGCUAGAGAUUUGAAGCUCAACCAUAUUAUGUGCCCUCAGCCGACAAUAAAAUGUUUUCAAGGUGUUCAAAUGAUUGAAGCUGCUAUAAUCAGAAUUUCUUGA